AAUCCCUCAUCGGGUCAAUCCGACCGAUUCUUGCGGGGUUCAUCACUCGCGCGCGCUCAGGGCGGGUCGUGUGACGUCACGCGCGCCAUCAGCAGAUCAGACGCCUCGGCGAGCCAUAACGGAUAUCACUGCACUUUAAAAUCCCCAUACAACCGUCAUUUGAAGAGGAAUAACGGGUGAAUAUCACGGGCGAAAUGUCGGUGGCGGGACUGAAGAAGCAGUUUCAUAAAGCGACGCAGAAAGUCAGUGAGAAGGUUGGAGGAGCUGAAGGCACCAAACUGGACGAUGACUUUAAAGAGAUGGAGAAGAAAGUGGAUACAACCAGCAGAGCCGUGCUGGACAUCAUGACCAAAACCACAGAAUACCUGCAGCCCAAUCCUGCGUCCAGGGCCAAGUUGACUAUGAUAAACACAAUGUCUAAGAUCAGAGGUCAGGAGAAGGGUCCAGGUUAUCCUCAGGCUGAGACGGUCCUGGCAGAAGCCAUGCAGAGGUUUGGCCGUGAGCUCGGAGAGGAGUCCAGCUUUGGUUUGGCUCUGUUAGAUGCUGGUGAAGCUAUGCGUGAGCUUGGAGAAGUGAAAGAUGCUUUAGAUAUUACUGUCAAACAGAACUUUAUAGAUCCACUACAAAACCUUCAUGACAAAGACCUCAAAGAGAUACAGCAUCACCUGAAGAAGAUGGAAGGUCGACGUUUGGAUUUUGAUUAUAAGAAGAAGCGACAAGGGAAAGUUACUGACGAUGAGAUCAAACAAGCUCUGGAGAAAUUUGACGAGUCGAAAGAGAUCGCAGAACUGAGCAUGUUUAACCUACUGGAGAAUGAUAUCGAGCAGGUGACUCAGCUGUCAGCUCUGGUUCAAGCUCAGGUUGAGUAUCAUCAGCAGGCUGCUGAGAUCCUUCAACAGCUCUCCAGCAAAAUGGAAGAGAGGAUAAAGGAGACGUCCAAUAAACCACGCAAGGAGUUCAUCCCUAAACCCCGUAUGGAGCUACAGCUGCCCACUGAGAACUACAACGGAGGUUUAAAAUCACCCGCACGCUCACCAGCUCCGUUAGAUCAGCCGUGCUGUCGUGCGCUUUAUGAUUUUGAUCCAGAGAAUGAGGGAGAGCUUGGCUUCAAAGAAGGUGACAUCAUAACGCUGACCAAUCAAAUUGACGAUAACUGGUACGAGGGCAUGAUCCAAGGCCAAUCGGGAUUCUUCCCCAUCAAUUAUGUGGACAUCCUGGUGCCUCUGCCACAUUAGUCUAAUAACCCAGCGGCCAUCUUUAUUGUGCAUCUGUGCUACAGCUUAACUUCCUGUGACUCUGAGGAUGAUGAUGAUGAUGAUAGACAUUACAGAGUCACACCUGAGUGAAGAAACCGUCCAAGUGCUCCAUGUGUGUGUGUGAUUGUUCCUCAACUUAUGGUUUCAAUGUUAAUUAUAUGUAUAGUUUUCUCUUGUGAUUCAUUUCUUUGCCUUCAUCUGUGUUCUCCUGCACGGACAUCUGCCUGACCUAACCUGCGUCUCAUUACUUUUGUAUUUAUUGCUAGGUCCUGCAUGAAUGCUGACUAGUCAUUCAGAAACUACACUAGCACUUGGCAUACACAACUCAUUUCAAGACUUUAAUCAAAGAUAAAGUUCAAUGUUCAUCUAACAAUACUUUCAGUCUGCAGGUUUCUGUUGAUCAUGUAUCAUGGUUUUAAAUAGAGCUGUAUGUCAACCCAUAACCUCUUCUGAUUGGCUGUUUUAUUUAGUUGUCAGUGCAGGUGAACCCAAGUGUUGUUUAAGCAGUCUUUAUUAAUAAAAUGUGAAAAUGCAAUAAGGAUAUUAGAUGUACAUGAUGUGAACAUCCUUCUAAGACCAGCAUGAGCUGGCAGCUGGUUUAAGCCGGUGGGUCAGCUGAUUUUCCAGUGUGACCAGCUUAAAAAGUGACCAAAACAAAGCUAGAUCAGCUUGCAAAACCAGGUUCUACCAAGUGGGACACCAGCUUAUGCUGGUUUUUCAGUAGGGCAGAGUGAAGAUCCUUUGGCUCGGUCUGAGUUCUGGAUCAGCUGGAAACCACAAACUUCAUUUUUAUGAAAAUUGAUUUAAAUUAUAAUAAAAUCUUAUGCUGCGUACACACCAAACGUGAGGCAUCGCAUUAUUUGCUCUAGAUUAACUUGCGCGAAUAUUUUUAGUUUGAGGCAAAUACCGCGUUUUUCGUCCAAUCGCGCCACCAUCUAUUCGGAUCUUCGCAUUGUCUUUGUAUGUAAUCUACUCGUUGAAUUCGCGUUUGGUGUGUACGCUUUAGCUUAAACAGCAUAAAGUCAUAUUUUUGAAAUACUGCCAAGAUUGUGUUAAAGAGGGUGUGGUUAGUGAUGUAUGUGAACGUGUGAGUGAUGGCCCUCAUAAUACAGUAUGCGACUCUAAAACUAGUUAGUGUUGUAGGUUUAGUUGUUAGUUGGUGUGAUGUUUGUAAGCGCACUUCAUAUAAUCUAACAGGCAGAGGUGCAGCGGUCAGUGGUUGUUGUUGUGGUGUUUAAGCACAGUUCUCAAUACAACACCUUCAGUGCGUUCGGCGUGACCUCUGACCUUUACUGUGACUGGUUUGUUUUGUGCACGGUCACUGAAACAGAUGUGAGAGAGACUUUUAUAUUUUUGUUCAACACAGAUAGAAACUGAACUGAAUCAUCUUCAUUAUGAUCUGAAGUUUUCACAGAUGUGUCACUCCAAACUCAGAUGAAAUUAUAUUUUGUAUAAAGAAAAGAUGGCGUGUGUCCAUGACUUUAUAUGACUUGACCGUCAUGAGAAUUAGGCACAUUUAAAGUUAUUUAUUAGAAAUGUGCAGUAUUAUUAAUAUUGAUAGUAUUAUUAUACAGAUUCCCUUUGAUGGUUUGGGCAAUAAAUCUCAUCUCAGCUCUAUAUUAGUGUAUAUGAUCUAUAUGUGUGUGUUUGUGUUUUAAUGUACAGUAUAAAAACUCAAAUAUUUCAAUAACAAUCUGGCAGUUUUCUGAGUAAAAUAACCCUGAAGUGAUUGAUGUGUGUAUGUGUGUGUGUUUAAGAGAUACAUCAGCUGAAAUGUUUGACUGGAUUAUAAAUGUUUUGCACGAUUUAAAGGUGGAUGUAUCGUUGAUGUUAUUCACACUACACAGCUUCACCUUUAUCAAUCUGUUUAUUAUGGUGUUUGUUUAUCAUUUUGUUUGUCAAUGUAUUUAUUUAUUUAUUUUGGUUGCUCUUUUUCUCGUGCUGAAUUCCAAACAUCUGUAUAGCUUGAUGUGAGAAUAAUGAAAAUAAACACAAUAUCAUCACAA